GCAAGAGAAGCGGAGCUGAGCAGCUGUUCGGUGCUUCAGUGUUAUUAAGGGGGAAAAAAAGAAAACAUCAAAAGUACUGCGUGUGCGUGGAUUAUUUACUGGCGAGUGGACUUCAGCUCAUCUGUGCCGCAGCUGGGGAAAGAAAUGGAGCUGAAGAUGAUAGCACAACAUUAGCCAAAUAUCAGGAUUUUAUGUUUUUGUUUUAUUUUACCUGGAGUCUUUUUUAUUCAGGAUAACUGUGCGGUUUUUAGCUGUCUGUGUUUUUUAAUUAUUAUUAUUAUUAUUGUUAUUUUGAGUUACAAUGGAGGGCUCUCAUUCUGCUAUGUUAAGCCGGAGGAGGAGGAGCAGCAGCAGCAGCAGCAGCAACGGGGCGGCCGGGCUGCUGUACGCGCUGCUCGGUGCUUGUCUCUGGGCUUCUGUGGUCGGGUACAAGCCGGUGAUCAUUGUGCACGGUUUGUUCGACAGCUCAGGGGAUUUUAAAAACUUACAGCGGUUCAUUAACGAGUCACAUCCUGGAACAAAUGUGACAGUCAUCGACUUGUUUGACAGAAGUGCCAGCCUGCAGCCCAUGUGGAAGCAGGUGGAGGGAUUCAAGGCAGCUAUUUACCCAAUAAUGCAAAACGCAGCAGAUGGAGUCCACUUUAUCUGCUACUCUCAAGGUGGGCUGGUCUGCAGAGGAAUCCUCUCCACUCUGUCUGACCACAAUGUCCACUCUUUUAUCUCUCUGUCCUCGCCUCAGGCCGGGCAGUAUGGAGACACAGACUACUUAAAGUACCUCUUCCCUCAAUUUGUCAAAUCCAACCUCUACCACCUCUGCUACACCUCAGUAGGUCAGAGGAUAUCCAUCUGCAACUACUGGAAUGACCCCCACCACAGAGACCUGUAUGUGAACAGCAGUGAUUAUUUGGCUCUGCUCAACAGUGAGAGACCUAAUCCAAACGCAACAGAGUGGAAGAAAAACUUCCUCAAGAUCAAAAAGCUGGUGUUGAUUGGUGGACCAGAUGAUGGAGUCAUCACCCCGUGGCAGUCGAGCCAGUUUGGAUUUUAUGACGACAAUGAGACUGUUGUUGAGAUGCAGCACCAAGAUUUGUACUUGAGAGAUGUUUUCGGUCUGAAGACACUGGCGGCUCGUGGGGAUCUUAUCCUCUGUUCUGUUCCCGGUGUGGAACACGUCUGGUGGCACUCGAAUGAGACUGUGUUCCACACGUGUAUGGAGAAGUGGCUGGUGUAGAUCAAAACUCCCCACAGCACACACACACACACACACACAAGCACACACACAGAUACACGCUGUGCAGUUUUAUAAGCUCUUAACUUCCACCAUGUAUGAGACUCUGCCUCUGCAACCACUGUGCAGUAUCCUCACAAACAUUUGUGAGUCUUCUCUUGGGAACAUAAACUCCUUGUUUGGAUUCCUCUUCACAGAGAUCACCUGGCAAUCCAACAAUAUUGUCAUGAUCUGUUUUCCUUGUACAUUUGUUGAUUAGUUUGCAUUUUCAAAUGCAAAGUUCCUUUUUUUAAGUUCACCCUGUUAACUGGAAGGUUACUUUAAAAGAAAUAGUUUGAUAUUUUGGGAAAUAACAUUUGGUUUCUUGCUUAGCUUAAUGAGAAGACUGAUGACACUCUCAUACCUGUACAAACAACAAACAACGUUAGCUCUAGAGGUGUUGAUAGGCAAAUUGUUUACCUUUGGACAGACUCAGGCUAAUUGUUUACCCCUGUUUCCAGUCUUUGUGCUAAGCCAAGCUAACCAACUGCUAAAUGCAGGUUCAUAUUUAACAUACAGACAUCUAACUCUCAGCAAGAAAGCAAAUAAGCGUGUUUCCCAAAAUGUCGAACUGUUCCUUUAAUUAUUUCUUUUAAACCGUGUUGCUACUGUCAGAUAAAUCCAGCACAUCAUUGUCUAUGUGUUGAAGGAUUUUUACAAGGCACUAACUUUCAGAACCAACAAAUAUAAUGGCUUCCGUAAACCUGGCAAAGGUUUUACUGCUAUUAUAUUACUACAUUCUGCAAAAGAAAAGCAAAUCAGGCAUUAAAGGAGCACUCCAGCAAUUUGGUACUGCGUCUCAAAGAGUUUCAAAAGAGACAGAUUAAAAAGAGAGGUGUAGAAAACGUAAUGUAGCAGAGGCUCUUUUUUUCACACAACUAUUUCUGUCAACUUUCAUGUGAGCAACCAGCUGCAACACAGUGAAUGUCUUCCAGGAGAAACUGUCUGAAAAUGUGUGUAAAAAUUGGUGGAGUGCCCCUUUAAGUUGUAUAGAAACAUUAGUUCAUUACUUUGAAAUACUGAGCCCACAUGCAUACAGUAUAUACCCACGUGUGUGUCGUGUGUGUUUGCUCGCACGUACCUCAAAAACACUACACAACACGACAGUGCCUGAGCAACGUUCUGUCAUCUAUGUGUACAGACUCACUGCCCUGCUCAUCUUGUGAUGCAGUAAUUUAUAUCUUUUUAUCCUUCCAUUCUUAAUGUGCACAUCUAAUUGAGAAUAUCAUGUUUGUCGUCAUUAUCAUGCAGUCCUCUGGAGCUGUACUCUAUCGCUUUAGUAGAUCAAGCCUUAAAAUUUCCCCACAUGCCUCAACGUUUCAUGUCCAUUACCGAAGUGCUAUGACACACUGCCUUUAGUGACGGUGCUAAUAUUAAUGAUGGAGAUGGAGAGUGGCUGGAGAGUGGCAGUGGUAUAUUAGUGUUUACUUGCCCACCAAACUAUUGUACGUGGCACUCUUUUACCUCCCAUCGCAUUUAGAUAUCUCAGGCGUUUAGCAACCUUCAUGUUUGUUUGUCUCUGUAGGUAAAAAGGGAUGCAUUUCUCUUAACUGUUUUGCAUUUUGUUGGAUGUUUAUUGCUGCCUGGUGAACUUAUAGAUGUUUCUCCAAGGAGAAGAAAAAUGGAAAUAUCUAUUGAUUGUGAUUUAAAAAAAAAAAAAAUGGAAAAUUUGCAUUGCACAAUGUUGAACCAGAUAAAGAGAAGGGAAAUGAUGAAGAGGGGAUGUUUUUAA